AUGGGACUUGAAGUUGUGGGGUAUCGCAAAGCUCGUCGAAUCCGUCUUGGACACAAGAGCCCUUGCUCGUCUACCCAAGUCUACCACGACCACAACAGCAGCGGUACAUACUGUGUCGCGAAAACGGGCCUCGCAUCCGCCUCUCCCAAAACUCCCUACCGCAUCGUCGGCGUAGCGAAAGCACUCAAAGCGCGAGGCCAUGGCGGUACCUGGCAUUCCCCUCCACCGUCCGAACGACCAAACGCUGCAUCUGCAUCCCUUUCAAGUCUACUUGCCACGGAAAAGGCGACGGACAUGACCCUCGAACGCGACCCCAACUCGAGAAGGCACGACUACACUUACUUUAACAAACUCGCCGCUUUCCUCGUUGCCGACUCUACCAAUAUCAGCUAUCAAGGCAUCGGUCGCCUCGGGUUCGAGGCCUCCAAACCCACAGUCGCUCUCCUCAAACACUCAUAG